UCAGUAAGACAAAUACUCUUACUUUGUUAUUUACAAUUAUUUAAACUGAAGGGAAAUUCAAGCAAGACUCUCCGCAGCUGCAAACACCUGGGGUUCUUGAACACAUCACAAGUCUAAACUUAAACACUCUGGUGAAGUUUAAGGAUAAUCUCAGCUGUUCAUGAUCAUGUUAAAGCGGAAACCUCCCCCUUUUCGGUUGUGGAUUGUCAUAACUGUUUGCCCGGUGCUGUUCGGUACCGCCUCUCGGUUACAAAGUGCAACCCUCCCGGAAGAUUAGAAAACCAGUUUUAUGUGAAAGUUCGCCAGGUGAAAGGACAUUUUUUACCGAGAAGCAGACGCUGCUAAAGCUUUGACUUUCUUCCAGUUUGAGACAUUUGUAGGACGAUCUGCUGGAGUUGUAGCUGAGGUGUUUAAAUACAGUUUCCUUAAGGAUGAAACGGGGAGGUGAAACCACCGCGGAACCGUCCGGAACUCCGGGUUUCUCCACGACCAACACCGCAGAGCAAUCAAAGAAAAUGAGGGUCAUUUACGUCGUGUACAUAAUUGUUUCUUUGGACGUAACCUGGAUGUUUUUACAGUUCUCUGUUACCCCAUAUUUAGCAAAGAAACUUGGAUUUGACACGUUGUGGUUUGGUUAUUUGCAAACUACAGUCGGGUUGAUUCAGCUAAUUGGAGGCCCUAUGUUUGGGAGGUUCGGGGAUCUCUUCGGGGCCCGUGCAGCUUUGUCUCUGGCUUGUGCAGCAACCACAGUUUCCUUUCUGCUUCUGGCCGUCGCUAACCAUCCCGUCCUGCUGUUCGUCCACAAACUACCUACAGUAUUUAUGCAUGUCUUGCCUGCAUGCCAGAUGGUUGUUACAGACCUCUCAGAGCCGGAGAAACGGGCCGAAGCUUUGUCCAAGCUGGGUCUGUGUUUUGGUAUCGGGAUGAUCGCUGGAUCCACAUUGGGAGGAAACAUAAGCACGCGCUACGGGGAGACGUUUGCAGCCUGUGUUGGUGCUGCAGGAAGUGCCUUCAGUUUGCUGCUGGUUUUAAACUUCAUACCAAAGUCUACUAAAUCUGAGGCCCCUAGAAGCGCCACUAAAUCUGAGAACCAAAACAAGAAGGUGUUCAGUUUGGGAGAGAUCACAAGACUGAUGAAGUUUCCAGGCGUAACGAGGAUUUUUCUUAUCAAAAUCAUCGCAGGUUUGCCAUCAGGCAUAUUUCAGGUGAUGUUCUCCAUCAUUGCAAUGGAUUUCUUCAAGCUUGAAGCUCAGCAGAAUGGCUACCUGAUGGCGUACUUCGGCAUCGUUCAAAUGGUUGUUCAGGGAGGAGUGAUCGGUAGACUCACGUCCAGAUUUCCUGAGAAAUCUCUUCUUCUUCUGUCCAUUGGAGUUACUGCAGGUGUGGGUCUGGCUCAGGCCUACAUGCAGACAGUUUUCCAGCUCUGCCUCACCGUCACUCCGUGGAUCUUUUCUCUCAGCGUUUUUAACGUCAUCACCGACAGCAUGCUCACCAAAAGCGUCCCGUCCUCUGACACAGGAACGAUGCUGGGUCUGUGCUCCUCCGUUCAGUCGCUGGUCCGGACAAUCGGACCGACCAUCGGCGGUUUCCUGUACAUGAACUACGGCCUCGCCUCCAUAGGUCUAAUUGAGUUUUUUGUGAAUAUCGUCGUGUUUGUUUACCUGCUAUUUAGACAACUCAGCAAAACUGAGAGGCAGAAAGAAUGAACAGGCAAUUUUAUUUUUAUAUUCUAUAUUUUUAUGGAACUAGAGAACAGAAAUGUUAUUUGUCGUUUGCAACAUGCUGCUGUAACUUUACAUUCCAGUUAGUCGAGAUUUAAAUUCAUUACUGUGUUGUUCAGGUGGAAACCACUAGAUGGCAGCAAAAUGACUGGAUUAUUCAAAGAUGUUUCUGUUGUUCAGAGAUUUUCAUUUUCAUUCUCAGCUUUUUUAAAAUCAUGAUUUUAAUUUUUUUUUAAUUUUUUUGUCAUGUUUGGUUUUAAACAAACCCAAAAAGUUGAUCAUAAAGACUGAUAAGUUUGAAGUUCUGUGGAUUCCAAAGAGGAUUCCAAUUUUUUAACCUUUAGACUUGCAAAAAAGUCUUGUAUUUUAAAAAUAAUUAUAUUUUAAUGCAGUAUUGUAUUGCACAAUUAUAACUUCAAACUACAAGAAGUGAUGCUUAUAGCAUUUCUUGGCUGCUGUAAAUGUAAGUUUAAAAAACACUUUUUAAGCACUGAAGCAGUAUGGUUAUUUUUGGAUUUAUGCAUUAUAAAGAUCAAGGAUAGUUUUGAUUAUUUUAAACGUUUCUGACUGCUGUAAACUGUCUAAGCAUGGUAAAUUUACUUCUGAGAAAUAUAAUCGCUUCAACUUUCUAUUGGCAAACGAGCAGGGCUGAAACAAUGAAUCGGAUUAAUCGGGAUAAAUCGAUUAUUGAAGUAAUCGUCAACUAAUUUAGUGAUCAAUUAAUUGUUAACUGGAGUAUACAAACUCAAAAAAGGCAAUUUAUUGAAAAAAAAACUUAUUCAGUGCAGUAAUAAACCCAAUACUGUACCGAAAAUACAUACAUUUUGAAUUUAAAGGAAAUCUGUUAUUGGAUUUUAGGCACAAAAAGAAGAAGUAUUUUUUUCAUCUUUUAAUGCAUUUCUAUCUUUGGAUGAAAAGGUAUAAGUGGUUGAAUGAAAAAUAUGUAGAAUGUGCUUUUUUUUUUUUAUCCCAUUAAUUAAUCGUCAGAAUAAUUGAUUACUAAAAUAAUCGCUAGUUGCAGUUGUUUGUUGACCUGUUAGGUAUUUUUUCCUAAAACAAGUGUCUCUGACAAUUGAACAGUUUGUAUCUUUAGUUCAAUCAAGUCCAUAUUCGGCUAGUUAAUUAUUGUCAAUUGUAGAUUUUCUUUGAAUGGGAAUAAUGAAAACAUGAUGCAGAAAAGCAGAGCUAACAAUUCCACCCCCAUUAAAAUUCCUAAUUUGAAAAAACAAUAAGCAUUUAAUCACUCUCUCUAUUGUUUCUAUUCAUGUCUUUGCAUUUUCAGCUGCAUCCGGCUGCCAAGUCGCAGCCUGUUGAAGUGAUGUCAUAAAAUCUGAAGCAGGUGUUUUCUUUGUCCACCACAAAGCACUUUGUUUUUCAAAUAUUACAUCCAACAACCCCAGAUAAAACGAUCAUAUUGAAACAGUAGGAGGUUAAACUCAUUAUCUUACAGGCUUUUCUCUAAGCAGAUGCAACUGGUGAUUUCUGUGCCAAUUUGUUUGACCAAAGACAGCAGGCAGGGCAGCAGUUUUUGGCAGUCGGAUAAUAUGCUAGAGUUGCAGAUUUAGUUUAUUAUAUUGUAUAACAUUCAGAUAAACACAAUACAAUCCUAAUUAUAAAAAACAAAAAAAUAUAUUAUUGGUUUAAUCAGUUUUCUGAUCAAAGGAAACACAGUUACUGUCUGACACACUUAAAUGAGCUGUGAUCUGAUUUGAAGGGUGUCAUUAUCUGCGUUUCCAUUACAAAGGUGCGUGAAACUUUGACGAUAUUCCGCUAAUGUCAAGUAAACAACUUCAUAAUUGCUUUGUUUCCAAUAAAUAGAAAACGAGAUUAAAAUCACAAGAGAAUAAGACUUUUCACGUAAUUACUCGUUAAAAAACAUGCCAUGACUCCAACCACAUCCUGUUGUCUUCUUUGUCAUUACCGCCGGAUGUUACUACCACUACCGCCAGUAGUAACAUCCGGUUGUUGCUCAUGUGACCCAUGUGAUGCGAGAAGUGUUUCCAUUGCAGUUCUGCGAAAUACACCAAUUUCAACAUGGCUCAAAAACUUAAUUGAAAAAUGUAAAUUUCUUCAAUAUUCCAUUAAGCAGACUUAUUUUUGUCAUUUCAGUUUGUGUAAUUUUGUGGUGUCUGACAGACUCGGAUGUGCUGCGGGCGGAUUUGAAGGGUGUCGCUGUCCCUGUAACUCCAGCAGUGGAGUGGGGGGGUGGCCCUGACUGCGGUGGGGUGCCCUGUUACACUUGGCCCUUUGAGUCAGCGGGAACAGGAACAAUGGCGCUGUUAACACUCCUGACGGGGACCUUUGGGUCCUCUGAAAGUUUAAUGUGACUCAGCGAGCGACCUGCGCUCGCUAAGGUCAGAGAUGAGCGCUGUCCGUGUCGCUCUGUGGCUGCCUUGUGUCUGCUCACUGGAAACUAAACGCCAGUGAGGGGGUCCUCCAGUGCCGGGCCUGUUUUGUCCCCUGCGGCAUGGAUAAUGAGGCAUCUGUCGCCACCUGCCUCAUAGCGAGAUGAGGCUCACUGUCUCUCUUUAAAAGAGCACAGGUUAUCUAUCUGAUUUGACCACGGCAGGCCAGGCAUAUGAUCUGAAGCAGAGGAGCCUUGAGCCUAAAUGUUUUAUACCGUGGCUUUCUUAUGGCUGUUUGCAGAGCUCCACACGGCGCAGGAACACUUCGCUCAGUGUCUCCUUAAGUGCAUCCAGGAAAUUAACAAACAGAUCAAUCAAAUAUGAGGAACUCAACUACAACACAGUGUUUCAGCCAAUGAAAAUGAAAGCUUCUGAAACAAUUGAUUAUUGAAAUAAUUGUCAACUAAUUUAGUAAUUGAAUAAUUGGUAAAUGGUGUAUAUAGACAAAAAAAGUACAUUUGCUAAAGACUCAACACAAAUUUAGCCAAAACUGUGCAAAAAAAAAAAAAUUUAUACAAUUCGCAUACGACUGAAAAACCUUCUUUGUUUGCAAGUUUGUUAUUCCAAGAAAUGCUUAAGAAACCCUGGCUCAUAUUCUGUGGAAAAAAUUAAAAACAGAAAAUAAAUCACCUUUUCCUAUCCAAUUAAUUAAUCAGUUAAUCCAAGAAAUGCUGAAUCUAUCAGCCCUACACUGUACUGUACGAUGGUGUAUUAGGGCCACGAUAAGAAAAUAAAGUCAUAAAAUUACGAGAAUAAAGUCAAAACAAUACAAGAAUAAACCUGUAAUGACACGAGCAUAAAUUUAUAUUUUCAGAAUAAAAUAAUAAGACCAGAAUAAAGUAAUAUUAUGACUUUAUUCUUUAAUUUCUUUUGUCAACUUUAUUCUUGUGCAACUUUAUCCUCAUAACUAUUUUUAUUUUCUUACCGUGAAAGAAAGAAAGAACAGAGAGUUUUUCACAUGAUGAUAAAAGUAUUUUUUUAGCCGCAGAUGUAUUCUUUACUACAAAUAAGACAAUCACUAAAGGAAUGCAAUGUUGUAGCAUUUUAGGCAAUAAAAUGUUUACUUUGCUAUUUAAAAAGGAAUUGAACUUGGUUUAUUUGAAUAUUUUAAUGUAUUUAUAAAAGUGUAUAAAAUUGCUUAAAAACGUG